AUGGCUCACGAAGCCAAGGUAGCUGCAGGGACUGCUCUGCAGCAACUCACCGACGAUCUGGUAACUCUUGGGGCUCGUCUUCAAUUCGACGUCUCCAGCGCUUGCCCUCUCACGCCCGAAGCCACCAGCCUUGCCGAGAAUGUCGCAAGUAUCCUCAUGGAGAGGGAAGAGAAAGUCCGAUCGGCAUGGGAUCGCAUGAGCAAGAUGUCUGCUGAAAUGGCAGCCAUCAAUGACAUUGAGUGA